AUGGUGGCAUUAGCUUCCCAGUCCCACGAGGUACUGGAGCUUGUGGUCGAAGGUAUGAGGUGCAUGAAAAAUUGUGGCAACACGGUGCAAAGUGCUCUCCAAAGUGUCGAUGGUGUAAUCUCAGCCGUCGUUGACGUUGAGCAGCAUAGCGUUCGUGUCGAGUGUGCCUCGGGAGUAGCAGCACAUGAUUUAUUAGAAGCUAUUGAGUCCGUGGGCUUUGGAGCGGCCAUAAAAGCGUCAGAUGACGAUAGAAAUACGACACAUGACCCACUGACGCUUCAGCUCCUGGUGAAAGGCAUGAUGUGUCAAAAGAAUUGCGGCUCUACGGUUGAGAACGCGCUGCGAGGCGUGGACGGUGUGGCCGACGCUGUCGUCAGCUUUGACGAGUGCAAGGCCACAGUGACGCUGUUAGACGCCGGGAGCACGACGUUAGAGCAGCUGAUGGAUAUGGUGGAGUGUGUGGGCUUUGAGGCCAGUGCGUAUGACGCUGCAAAGGCUGCAGUCAUGAAGCUUCAGAUGCAAAAGCAAAAGCAGAAGAAGGAAGAGAAAGAGCUGGUGGUUGACGUAGUAGAUGCAUCCGGUCACCCACGUGCCGUGUUCCACGUCGAAGGCAUGAGCUGUGCCGCGUGUGUGAAAGCCAUCGAGGACUAUGUGGGCAAGACAGAGGGCGUACUGUACUGUCGUGUGGGGCUCAUUAGCCAGAAGGCCGAGGUGUUGUUCGACCGCGGCUUGAUCGAGGACGAGCAUACAGAGAUCAGGAAACUCAUUGAGGCCGCCGGCUACAAGGCGACGUUUUCGCACGUGGUGGAGCCGGGCGACGACGACUCGCUCGAGCUCAAGUUCACAGUCAUGGGCAUGAGCUGCGCUGCGUGUAUGAGCAAGAUCGAGUCAGCAGUGGGCGAACUGCCUGGUGUGACAAAGGUGCUGGUCAAUCUGCUUAUGAACAAGGCGCACGUGCAUCUGAAGCAGCUGUCCAAGACGGGUCCACGCGACGUGCUGGAGUGCAUCAACAGCCUGGGUUACUCGGCUGAGAUAUCGUCGGAGACCACGGAUCAGAACGCGCUGAGCAAGUCGGAGGUGGAGAAGUGGCGCAAGCUACUGACCACGGCCAUGAUCUUCUCGUUGCCUGCUAUGCUCAUCCACAUGGUGCUCAUGUAUAUUCCUGCAGUGGAAAUGGUUUUAAUGAAGCCCGUACUCAACGCCGUGUCACUAAAGCUGCUGCUAUUGUUUUUGCUGGCGACGCCAGUGCAGUUUGGAGUAGGUCGGCGAUUCUACGUGGCGGCGUGGAAGGGUCUACAACAUGGUGCCAUGGGCAUGGACUUUCUGGUUGUAGCGGGCACUACCAUGUCGUACACUUACAGUUUUGUGGCGAUGAUCGGUUCGGCGCUGCACGAGAAGUACCACGGUCACCACUUUUUCGAGUCGUCGGCAAUGUUGCUGACAUUUGUGACGCUGGGCAAGUAUAUGGAGUCGGUGGCAAAGGGCAAAACGGCUGACGCAUUGUCGGAGCUGGCCAAGUUGCAGCCAAAGACGGCGUUACUGGUCAGUGAGGGCAAGCGUGAUCGCGAGAUCUCGAUCGAGCUAGUGCAGCGCGGAGACCUGCUACGCAUUCUUCCUGGUGCAAAUAUCCCGACGGAUGGCGUGGUCAAGUCCGGGUCGAGCUCGAUAAAUGAGUCAAUGUUGACGGGUGAGAGUAUGCCGGUGGCUAAGAAGGAGGGUGACUACGUGUUUGGGUCGACGAUGAACCAGCAGGGUACGCUGGUAAUUGAGUCGAGCUGCAUGGGCGGUGAGAGCUCGGCUUUGUCGCAGAUCUGCGCUUUGAUUGAAGAUGCGCAGCUUCACAAAGCUCCGAUCCAGGCGUACGCAGACUGGUUGGCAUCAAUUUUUGCCCCGUGCGUUCUGGGUAUAUCGGUGAUGACCUUUAUCUCGUGGGCCACUCUUCUUUCGUUGAACCUUGUUCCUGUGGAAUGGAAAGUGGAGCUUGGGGCAGAUGCGUUGGCGGGUCAUUCAAAUGAUAUAUACAUAGCAGUAAUGUUUGCUAUCUCAGUCAUGGUGAUCGCGUGUCCGUGCGCUUUAGGGCUCGCGACGCCCACGGCCGUCAUGGUCGGUUGUGGUGUUGGGGCCAAGCAGGGUGUCCUCAUCAAGGGCGGACUUGCUCUCGAAACCGCUCGCUACAUCGAUACUAUCGUGUUCGACAAGACUGGCACGCUAACUGUCGGUCACCCAUCUGUGCGUGAUGUAGUGGUGGCUAACCGCGCGUACACGUCGCGUGAACUUCUUUAUUACAGUGCAUCUCUCGAGUGUGUAAGUGAGCACGUUCUUGGUAAAGCUAUCGUGGUUGCAGCAGCAGAGCAUGAAAAGCUAGAACUGCAUGACCCGACCGAGGUGCAUGUGGUCCCUGGACGCGGAAUUGAGGGCGUUAUACCUGCGAGUGAUGCCACUGCUCGGAACACUCCCGUAAACGUGUUAGUUGGAAAUUCUGAGUAUUGCGAGGAAAAAAACAUUGAGAUCAGCCAGAAGAUACGUGCUCACAUGCACGAGCUGGAGCUGGAGGGCAAGACCGUGGUGGUCGUGUGUAUCGAGGGCAAGCUGGCAGGCUUGCUUGCGUUGGCGGACGCUCCCAGACCUGAAGCAGCAGCCGUCGUGAAGCAUCUAAAGUCCAUGGGCUUGGAUGUGUGGCUUAUCACGGGUGACAAUCUAUGCACGGCCAGUGCGAUCGCGCGCCAGAUGGGAAUCAACCACGUCAAGGCAGUUGCUCUACCUGGUGAGAAGGCGUCUCAGAUCAAGGCGCUGCAGUCGCAAGUGAACCCACUGACGCAGAAGCCUCGCAUGGUUUGUAUGGUUGGUGAUGGUAUUAACGACGCACCAGCGCUGGCGCAGUCGGACAUCGGCAUGGCUAUCGGUGCCGGCACGCAGAUCGCCAAGGCUGAGGCUGACAUGGUCCUGGUGAAAAGCGCUCUGACGGAUGUGGUGGUGGCGCUGGAUUUGGCUCGUGUGGUGUUCUCUCGCAUCAAGUUGAACUUUUUCUUGUCGGUCGUGUACAACUUGAUUGGCAUUCCGCUGGCUGCUGGUAUUUUCUUUCCGCUGAUCCAUCAAACGAUGCCGCCUGCGUGCGCUGGGCUCGCAAUGGCUUUCUCUUCGGUAUCUGUUGUUAUUUCAUCGCUGAUGCUGAAGAAGUACAAGGCACCGGAUAUCUCACAAGCGAAGGUUCAACAUAUGCAUUUCGAGGAGGACGUACAGGUCGUGGACCUAAAGAAUCUUGUAAGAUUGAAGUGCAGUAACGUGCGGUAUACGCCAUUGACGAAUAUAGACGAGCAGAACACGCGCGCCUCUACUUUUGGGUGA